UUGCAGCCCCAGACAGGGCGGCCCGUUACUAAGCACUGCAGGCUGACAACGACGACAGCGCCGGGCUCUGCCAGAAGGAAGGAGGACUCGCUGCCAGCCCGAUAACAACCAGAGACACUCCUGAACGCAGUCGGGGAUGGCAGUGAAUGUGUACGCCACGUCCGUGUCCAUUGACAACCUCAGCCGACAUGACAUGCUGGCGUGGGUCAACGACUCCCUGCAUCUCACCUACACCAAGAUCGAGCAGCUCUGUUCAGGGGCUGCUUAUUGCCAGUUCAUGGACAUGUUGUUUCCAGGGUGUAUUCUUCUGAAGAAGGUCAAAUUUCAAGCCAAGCUGGAGCACGAGUUUAUACACAACUUCAAAGUUCUUCAGGCGGCUUUUAAGAGGAUGAGUGUUGACAAAAUAAUUCCUGUAGAAAAGCUUGUAAAAGGGAAAUUCCAGGACAACUUUGAAUUCGUUCAGUGGUUCAAAAAGUUCUUCGACGCCAACUACGACGGGAAGGAGUACGACCCUUUACUAGCCAGACAGGGGCAGGACGUGGCCCCUCCCCCCAAUCCAGGUGAUCACUUUAUCCACAGACCAAAGAGAAACCCAGGACCACAGAGGACAUCUCCCACAGUUCCCAAAAACAUGCCAACACCACAGCGGGUCCAGCACACUCCAGUCAUGAGGAAGAAUCCCUCUUUGUCUAGAAACGGGGGCAGCGACGCUGAAAUCAUGGAGCUAAAUCAACAGUUGAUGGAGUUGAAGUUGACUGUAGAUGGACUAGAGAAGGAGAGAGACUUCUACUUCAGCAAAUUACGGGACAUCGAGCUCAUUUGCCAGGAACAUGAGAGUGAAAACAACCCCGUCCUCAGCAAGAUAAUCGACAUUCUCUACGCAACAGAGGAAGGAUUUGCACCUCCAGAUGAUGAAGACCUCGAUGAACAAGCCCACCUGGACCAGGAUGAAUACUGAACCCAUCAUCUUCCUCCCCCCCCCCCCCCCCCCCCCCCGGGCAUCAUCAUCCUCUCUUUCCUUUUAUUUUUGCCCUCAUUUAUUUUGUACUCUCUUUGCACGCUUUCUAUAAAUACCCACCAUUAUCCCCGCUCUCUGUCUGUCUUUUUCUUUCUUCCUCAUAUGUAUAUCAGUUGGUAACCCACCCCCUCCACCCUCUGGCCGUUGACUUACUUACAAAUACACAACUACUCCAUGUCAUCAUCUGCAGCUCCUCCCUGCCUCCACAUACAACUGUAACAGCAACAGAAUAUAUGACAUACCCCAGUUAACUCAGCAUGAGUAAUGCAGAAAAAUAGAGCCUGGAAUGGAAGUCGUUAGAAUGAGUCUAAAUCUGUACAUAUUCCCAACGUGUUGAUUUCUGAAAGUACACACUGUCUUUGCUCAUUCUGGAGAUAUUUAUUUGCCUUUCGUGCGUUGUUAAUACUACUGUCAGAGCACAGAACAACUCUGCUCCGAUGUGCCAUCAGGACACUCCCUGAGCUACUAAAACUGUAACUGAAGUGACUUUUUACUAACGAUUUCAUAUUUAUUUAACUUAUAUUUUGUUUAGAAAACUUUUUUUCCUGUAGCAAAAUUGGUGCAAACCUACUGUACAUGAAGUGAAACCUGAAGGCCGUGUGUUAGUUGACUUUGUGCUCGAGGCAGCGUCAAGCUUUUGAUUUCAGCUCUCGUGGGUUCAUGGCAUGUAGAAACACUGAAGGAAAUUCUUUGGUUUGAUGACUCGAGGCGUAUGAUGAGUGCUCUGCGAUUAUUCAUUAUUGAUCAGCAACAUAUCUGAGCAUGAGAAUGUUACACAUUGACUGUGAAUGAGUGCUAUUUUGUAAAUGUAUUUUGUGUGGAGAUUUUGUCCGAUGUCGCACGAUUCUGGUUUAUUGCCGUUGUACUUUUUAGGCCGACAUGCAGGAGCCUAUUUGGUUGAAAGCUUCGACAACAUGAUUAUAGAUUGUAGCAGUUUUAAUGUCUUAACUCUGAAAUUUUGAGGGCACAUGACCCUGAAUCAAUCUAGUUGACAUGACAGCAUAUGUCAUGGUUUUACUGCUAAUUAUAGCAAUGUUUAUACUUCCAAUUUGCUUGUAAAGGGGUGCCCAGGGUUUAAGACUUGUAGUCAGGAAGAAAAUCACGAUAAAGUGAUCUUUGACCAGUGGACGGAUCAUCAUAAACAUCCAGUUUGAUGAGGAUGUCUCUUUGUCCCUCCCCAGAUGUUUUUACUUUGCAAACUGGCUGUCGUCUGCUCCGGAACUUGCAUUCAUUGACCAUGUAAACAUCAACAGGACACUCAUCUUUUGAGUUUUGAAUAAAGAAACAGUUGUGAAACAAA